AUGAGUGAUGAGCGGCGGCUGCCUGGCAGUGCAGUGGGCUGGCUGGCAUGUGGGGGCCUCUCCCUGCUGGCCAAUGCCUGGGGCAUCCUCAGCGUUGGCGCCAAGCAGAAGAAGUGGAAGCCCCUGGAGUUCCUGCUAUGUAUGCUUGCGGCCACCCACAUGCUCAACGUGGCUGUGCCCAUUGCCACCUACUCCGUGGUGCAGCUGCGGCGGCAGCGCCCCGACUUCGAGUGGAAUGAGGGUCUCUGCAAGGUCUUCGUGUCCACCUUCUACACCCUCACCCUGGCCACCUGUUUCUCUGUCACUUCCCUCUCCUACCACCGCAUGUGGAUGGUCUGCUGGCCCGUCAACUACCGGUUAAGCAAUGCCAAGAAGCAGGCGGUGCACACAGUCAUGGGUAUCUGGAUGGUGUCCUUCAUCCUGUCGGCCCUGCCUGCCGUUGGCUGGCACGACACCAGCGAGCGCUUCUACACCCAUGGCUGCCGCUUCAUCGUGGCUGAGAUCGGCCUGGGCUUCGGCGUCUGCUUCCUGCUGCUGGUGGGCGGCAGCGUGACCAUGGGCGUGGUCUGCACAGCCAUCGCCCUCUUCCAGACGCUGGCCGUGCAGGUGGGGCGCCGGGCUGACCGCCGCGCCUUCACUGUGCCCACCAUCGUGGUGGAGGAUGCGCAGGGCAAGCGGCGCUCCUCCAUCGAUGGCUCAGAGCCCGCCAAAACCUCUCUGCAGAUCACGGGCCUCGUGACCACCAUAGUCUUCAUCUACGACUGCCUCAUGGGCUUCCCUGUGCUGGUGGUGAGCUUCAGCAGCCUGCGGGCCGACGCCUCAGCGCCCUGGAUGGCGCUCUGCGUGCUGUGGUGCUCCGUGGCCCAGGCCCUGCUGCUGCCUGUGUUCCUCUGGGCCUGCGACCGCUACCGGGCCGACCUCAAGGCUGUCCGGGAGAAGUGCAUGGCCCUCAUGGCCAAUGACGAGGAGUCAGAUGACGAGACCAGCCUGGAAGGUGGCAUCUCCCCGGAUCUGGUGUUGGAGCGCUCCCUGGACUAUGGCUAUGGAGGUGACUUUGUGGCCCUAGAUAGGAUGGCCAAGUAUGAGAUCUCUGCCCUGGAGGAGGGCCUGCCCCAGCUCUACCCGCUGCGGCCCCUGCAGGAGGACAAGAUGCAGUACCUGCAGGUCCCGCCCACGCGGCGCUUCUCCCACGACGACGCGGAUGUGUGGGCCGCCGGCGACGGCUGCACCGGACGACUGCACUGGCACCGCAUGUUCCUGGCUGAGUGA